AUGUCUGUGCUCGACGCCAAGCUCGCCACCGCCCUUCACUCCCGCGAGCAGCGCCUGAUCCGCCGGCGCCUCCCCGACCCUGCUGCAGACGAGGGCCUUGCCGACUUCUCGAGCAACGACUACCUCUCGCUCGCGAGCUCGCCAGACUUGCGAGCGCGGUUCCUCCGCAAGCUUAGUACCGCUCCUGCUGUGCUCGGUUCGGGCGGCUCGCGACUGCUUGUGAACGGCAGCGCACAUGCGGCGCUCGAGGCGCGUCUUGCGCAGUUUUUCGACGCGCCGGCCGCGCUGCUCUUCAACUCAGGCUUUGACGCGAAUGUCGGCUUGUUCUCUAGCGUCCCCCAGCCAGGUGAUGCACUCGUCUUUGACGAGCACAUCCAUGCGUCGGUGCACGAUGGAAUGCGCGGGUCUCGCGUCGCACCUGCUCUCCAAAGACCAUUCGCACACAACUCAGUAGAGGCGCUCCGGGACGUGCUCCUCCAGCUGUUGCAGGAAAAUCCCGGGUUUCGCACCGGCAAAAGCAGCGUUUUUCUUGCUGUGGAAACGUUGUAUAGUAUGGACGGGACGAUCGUACCCCUAACGGAGAUGGUCGAGACGAUGGAAGAGCUCUUCCCUCGAGGGAACGGGUAUGUUAUCGUUGACGAAGCGCAUGCGACCGGUGUGUAUGGACCUGAGGGACGAGGGCUGGUCGCGCUCCUGGGUCUGGAAAGAAGGGUAUUUGCACGUUUGCACACUUUCGGGAAAGCGUUAGCGGGGACCGGCGGCAUUGUGCAUACUAACAAGAGAGAAGCCGUCUUGCUGGUCACACCGCUUGUCCGAGAUUACCUGCUCAACUACGCACGCUCACUAAUUUAUACAACCUCACUAAGUUAUGCAAACAUCAUCUCUGCUGACUGCUCCUUCGACUUGUUGGAGGACGGCACAGCCACACAGCUCCUCGAUCUCAGCACCUACUUCCUCUCCCUCCUCCGCCCGCAACUCCGCACCAUUCCGCUCUCCCUCCUUGCGCUUCCUCCACAUCUCGCUUCCCAGCCGCUGCCAGGCGCGCCUCCGCACAGCGCGCUUCCCACUCCCAUUAUUCCGAUUUUGACGCCUUACCCUCGGCCGCUCUCGACGCACUUGCGUGCGCGGGGGGUAAACGCGCGACCGAUUACGUGGCCAACAGUACCGAAGGGACGUGAGCGGGUCCGAGUGUGUCUGCACGCGGGGAACGCGCGGGAAGAGGUGGAGAUGCUUGUAAGUGGGAUGGUCGAGUGGGCGAGAGCGUGGAUGCGGAAGAGUAUAGAGGCAGGGGACGCGAAAACCGAAGUGGACGACGCGGUGCAAGCGAAACUAUGA